AUGAGCGAGGAAGCCGGCGAGGCGGCUGUCCAGGGCCAAGUUGGCGACGCGCUGGGGUGCGCGAGUCCCUCCGCGGGUGCUGCCACCGCCUCCGCGCCCGUCGACGCCGGAGUCCCCACGCUUCCGAUGAAGCGCAAGUCGCCGCCACCCGAGGAUUCAGAGCAAGAGCCGGAAGCGGCCGUGGGUGGGAGACUGCUAAUGCACGUUCAAAUGGGAGGCCCGCCCCCCACAGCAGCGCCGGCUAUCGAGGCCGCACCCGUGGUGCAGGCGGCAGCGGUCGCCGAGGCGGUCGCUGCGGCGGUUUCCGCCGGCCCGCCCGUUCAGCGGCCGAGGGGCCGCGCGCCGAACGACGAGAGCGGGCGGCCAAAGGUGUGGAACCCAAAUUUGGCCUGCUGGGUGACGGAGGAGCGGCAGCGGCAGCGCAUCGAUGCGCUGCCGUAUGGCCACAUCCCUGUCGAUGAUGCGCUCGAUGCGCUGGAAGUGGAGGUCGCGCGGAAGCGGCAGGCGGACCCGGGGUGGCGGCUCAGCAGCAGGUACGAGAUGGCGGCGCCAUGGGGCGAUCGUAGGUGGAUGGCGGGGCAUUGGGUGAUGAACCGCUCGGCCGAUCGCGAGAAUUGGAAAGCGAUACGCGCCAAGCGCGCCAAGAUGACCGAGCGGCAGCGGCAGCGACUCGACGCGCUUCCCUACGUCGGCGCGGCGGCGAAGCAAGUCCCGCUCGGAGGAGCUGCUGGAGUGUACCAGCCGCCCGGCCCCCAGCCGCAGACGACAGAGGCGGAGGGGCUGCGGCUGCACCUCUCCAGCCGCAACGCCACCGGCUACAAGGGCGUGCAGGCGGACGGGGACCGCUUCCUAGCGCGGCACUGGGUGGACGGCAAGGAGGCCGUCUCCCUCGGCACUUUCGCCACGCCGGUGGAGGCGGCGGUGGCGUACGCGCGGGCGGCCGGGCAGGCUCCAGCGGUGGCCGCGGAGGCGGAGGGGCUGCGGCUGCACCUCUCGAGCAGCAGCGUCACCGGCUACAGGAACGUGUUUAAGAACCGCCAUUCUAAAUUCGUCGCGAGGCACAAGGUGGACGGGAGGAAGGUCUGCCUGGGAGGAAGGUCUUUCGACACGGCGGUGGAGGCGGCGGUGGCCUUCGCGCGGGCGGUCGGGCAGGUGGAGGCGGCAGGCGCGGGAGGGCCAGUGCGGGCCGCAGCGGCGGCGGCGGAGGGCGCAGAGGCGGCGGAGGGCGCAGAGGCGGCGCAGGCGGCGGCGGAGGAGCUGGAGAGGCUCGAGCUGCGGCAGGUGGUCGACCGGCUGCUCGCCAACGUCGAGCGGAGGGUGGCCACCGAGGCGUGGCAGGCGAAGUGGCAGGCGGAGCGGCAGGCGGAGCGCGAGGAGCGCCGCGCGCAGAAGUCCGCCCUCAUGAAGACGGGCUCCGACAACGAGGCGGCAGCGGCACUCCUGCGGGUGGGCAUUGUGGCGGAGGCGGAGGGGCUGCGCCUGCACCUCUCCAGCCGCAGCAGCACCGGCUACGCAGGCGUGCGCGAAGCCCGUACUCGGGACCAGAAGAGGUGUCCCGCACUUUAUGUGCGCCGGUACUCGAAGCGGGCGACCUUGCCUUGCCGCUUCGAGGCGCAGCGCAAGGUGGGCGGGCGGGCGGUCUGCCUCGGCACCUUCGAUUCGGCGGUGGAGGCGGCGGUGGCGUACGCGCGGGCGGUCGCCGCCGACGCCCCCGUGCAGACGGACUCCGACAACGAGGCGGCAGCGGCGCUCCUGCGGGUGGGCGUCGUGGCGGAGGCGGAGGGGCUGCGCCUGCACCUCUCGAGCAACAGUACCGGCUACAGGGGCGUGUACAAGGUCAACGGCCGCUUCCAGGCGGUGCAGAUGGGCGGGAAGAAGGUCUCCCUCGGCUGUUUCGGCACGGCGGUGGAGGCGGCAGUGGCGUACGCGCGGGCGGUUGGGGAGCGCGAAUAA